CUCAUGCCUGGAAGUUUUGGCUGGUCUGUGGAAACAAAGUAACGUUAGCUGACGCUAGCUCGCUAAAUCAACUAAGCUAGACACUUUGCUGGAUUAGGAUGUUAAGACUAGCAUGGCGUCGGUCGGCGUCCAGAAAUAGCCGCGUGGAGCCUGCACGCCUUUUAACUGCAGCUUUCCUGGCAGCGGACGGUCCACAACAGAGCUCGGGGGGUAACAUUAGGUGUUUCAGACAAUUUCCCCACCCACCAAGCGGCAGGUCACCGCUCCACCGCCAUCCCCAGCCGGCCUACCACCUCAGUUCAUCUGUCUUCAUGAGCAUGGCGUCAGGGGGUGAAGAGCCGUUAUCCUCCCCUCACAGACACACCAACAGGUUAGCCAAGGAGAGGUCGCCCUAUCUGCUGCAGCAUGCACACAACCCUGUUGACUGGUACCCAUGGGGACAAGAUGCUUUUGACAAAGCAAAGACUGAAGACAAACCAAUCUUUUUAUCAGUGGGCUACUCAACGUGCCACUGGUGCCAUGUUAUGGAGAGGGAGUCUUUCGAAGAUGAGGAAAUUGGCAAAAUCCUGAGUGACAACUUUGUGUGCAUCAAAGUAGACAGAGAAGAGAGACCCGAUGUCGACAAGGUCUACAUGACCUUUGUACAGGCAACAAGUGGAGGUGGAGGUUGGCCCAUGAGUGUGUGGUUGACCCCUGACCUGCGGCCUUUCAUUGGAGGCACUUACUUCCCUCCCUCAGACCGUGCGAGAAGGCCGGGGUUUAAAACAGUUCUCACCAGAAUCAUGGAACAGUGGCAGAAUAACCGAGCUUCCUUGGAGUCCAGUGGAGAGAGGAUCCUUGACGCUUUAAAGAAAGGCACCGCCGUCGCUGCAAACCCAGGAGAGAGUCCUCCACUGGCCCCAGAUGUUGCCAAUCGCUGCUUCCAGCAGUUGGCGCAUUCCUACGAGGAGGAGUAUGGUGGCUUCAGAGAGGCUCCAAAGUUCCCCACACCAGUGAAUCUGAUGUUCCUCAUGUCCUACUGGUCUGUGAAUCGCUCCACCUCAGAGGGGGUUGAGGCUCUUCAGAUGGCGUUACACACUCUCCGCAUGAUGGCGCUGGGAGGCAUCCACGACCAUGUGGCUCAGGGUUUUCAUCGUUACUCUACAGAUUCCUCCUGGCAUGUUCCCCACUUUGAGAAGAUGCUGUAUGACCAGGCUCAGCUGGCUGUAGCCUACAUUACUGCCUCCCAGGUAUCAGGUGAGCAGCUUUUUGCAGAUGUGGCUAAGGACAUACUGCUCUAUGUCUCCAGGGACCUGAGUGACAAGUCUGGAGGCUUCUACAGUGCAGAGGAUGCAGACUCCAUCCCAGCAUCAGGGGGACCAGAAAAGCGUGAAGGGGCUUUCUGCGUCUGGACAGCCUCAGAAGUUAGGGAGCUAUUGCCAGAAGUGGUUGAGGGUGCCACUGGAGCUGCCACACAGGCAGAUGUCUUCAUGCACCACUAUGGGGUCAAGGAGCAAGGCAAUGUCACCCCAGAACAGGAUCCCCACGGGGAGCUGCAGGGCCAAAAUGUGCUGAUUGUGCGUUAUUCGGUGGAGUUAACGGCUGCUCGCUUUGGCAUCAGUGUCGAGAAAGUCAACGAGCUCCUGGCCUCGGCCAGAGCCAAAAUGGCAGAAGUGAGGAAGAGUCGGCCACGCCCACAUCUGGACACCAAGAUGUUGGCCUCCUGGAAUGGUCUGAUGCUGUCCGCCUACGCUCGCGUUGGGGCCGUUCUGGGGGACAAGGCCACGCUGGAGAGGGCGGUACAGGCUGGUAACUUCCUCAAGGAGCACCUGUGGGAUGCUGAACAACAGACCAUCCUCAGAUCCUGUUACCGUGGUGACAAGAUGGAGGUGCAACAGAUAUCUCCGCCUAUCUCAGGCUUCCUCGACGACUAUGCCUUCAUCAUCUGCGGCUUGUUGGACCUGUUUGAGGCCACGCAGCAGACGGACUGGCUGCAGUGGGCCGAGGAGCUGCAGCUCAGGCAGGACGAGCUGUUCUGGGAUGACCAGGGCGGGGGCUACUUCUGCAGCGAUCCCAGCGAUAGCACAGUACUCCUGCAACUCAAAGAGGAUCAAGAUGGAGCCGAGCCCAGUGCUAACUCAGUGUCGGCGUCCAAUCUCCUUCGUCUGUCCCACUACACUGGAAGACAGGAGUGGCUCCACAGGUCCAACCAGCUGCUGGCAGCGUUCUCCGACCGUCUGACCAGAAUCCCCAUUGCACUGCCUGAAAUGGUCCAGGCUCUCAUGGCCCAGCACUACACACUUAAACAGAUCGUGAUCUGUGGCCAGAGGGAUACCCCGGACACCACGAGUCUUCUCGCCACAGUCAACUCCCUCUUUCUACCACAUAAGGUUUUGAUGCUCAUUGACGGCACUGCAGACAGUUUCCUGUGCCAGCGUCUGCCAGCCCUCUCUUCCAUGUCCCAGCAGGGUGGUGUCGCCACAGCCUACGUCUGCCAGGACUUUACCUGUACUCUUCCCGUCACUGACCCUCAGGAGCUUCGCAGGCUACUGCUGGAUGGAACCACGUAGAUUGGGGCAGAAUGGCGACUGAAAAACAAAGUGACCGAGAUUUUAAAAGGAGGGCUGUUACCUUCAUAGACUGCACUUUUCUAAUCUGCAGCCCAAGCCUAGCUUAUCUCUGCUGUUUUUGGCUAGUGUAGUGGCUACUUUACCAUGCUCCAAGUUCCUAGGUGACUUCAUCUGCAAGGUAUUUUGGUUCGAUUGUCAAAACCCGUCAGCUAUUGGUCCAAUGACAAUAAGUUUCUGAGGGCAUGAGGACAAUAUUUCAGGGAAAUCUGGUGAAACAACAGAUAUAUGAGAUCUAAGACUUCCUCUUCUGUGUGCCCGUCAUUUUGGCUAGUCAAUAUUAACUGAUAUCUGCAUAUGAAUUCCGAUACAAAAAAAAAAAAAAAGUUGAUCCUAAGCUAGCUUGUCAUUGGACGAUAGCCGAUGGGUUCAGAGAUUGCAUUUCGGACAACGCAUUUCACCUCUCAACACCAACUGCUUACCUGCCACUCAAACAUGAUAGUUUAAUACUACUUGGACUUCAGACUGAAACUGGAAUGCUUCUGGUACCAAACUCUUGUACCGUUGCACACAGAUUCUGCAUACAUAGGCAGAUAUCAAUUUAUAGAGAUUAUCUCAGUUCCAACUUGUGCCCCAGCUAAGUUCAACCUAUAUUCGAAGACCCAGUGUACUCACAAGAUGCAGGGAAAAUGUGACUAAGGGUUAAUUUGAGUUUAACCUACGUCACAGCAGGCAAUUUUCAUCCAAUUUACAUCUCACUCAGUCCACUGCUGACUUGAUAUUCCAGUAUUACGCCUACUUACACAUAAACGCCAUACCACCGCCAAAAAAUCUUGUUGCAAUCAAAACCUACACAGACCUCAAGUAUCUUCUAAACACCAUGUUCCAAUUUUUUUUUUUUAGCCAGGCACACUGGACACUGCAUUAUGGCUCUAUUACCUGUCGUAAAUAAUGGACAGCUAUAUUCUAGCACUUUAUAGAAAAAUUAUGGUAAACUACAUAACCUAGAAGAGUCGCUAUUCAGACUAUAAAAAACUGUGUUGUAACCUUAACUAUGCCAGCAUAAACAUUCUUACCAAAUAUAAAUGUAUGCUUCUGUGGCUCUCGCUAGCAAGUCUGACUUUGCCAUAUAACGCCUGGGCCGACUGCCCACGUGAGCCGCGUGGCUCAGGUGUAGCUCUGCUGCACCACAGCUGCGACUCAUCCACAGAUUGCAGCAAAAAUAGACAGUGAAAAUGAUCUGUUGAUAGUCACACUGACAUUAUACCAGCAACAUUACACCUCUCACUACAGUUUCUAUGUCUUAAGCAGUAGGAUAAAAAAGCAUAAAUAUUCAUUUCUAACAUUUCUCAUUAAGGCCCUCUAGCAUUUCUGUUGACAUAAUCCUUUCAUUUGUUAACACAGGGCUUUCAUUUUUAAGCUACUAUGCUACUAGUUUGCCAUUUUUAAAGGCAAACUUCUUGUUCUGUGUGAGCCCCAGCAGUACAGCAAGGUAGCUGUCACACACAGGGAGAGGUUGGCAGUGUGGCCCGGGCGUAACAAUCCCUAAUCCAGCCUAUUCUUUUGCGCAAGACCAGCUAGAUAUUACCUCAAAUAUCAACUUAAGUUUGUUUUAGCUGGCUUUCAGAGAUCGUUGAUAAGUGGAGCCUUACUGAAAUUCAGGAAUGCAAAUGUCCUUAUAAAGAAAUACGCACAGCAGCAGUGGCAGCCUACUGAAAACAUGUAACGCUUGUACAAAAUGUCCUGGCUUGACUGUUAGCCCAGAAGUAAACUGCAGACUCUUAUUAAUAGACUACAACCUAAGAGCACUUGGAUGAAUUGGACUGGCAAUAUUUUGCAGAUGAACCAGUCUGCCCUGUCGUCCUCUCCUGGCCCUGUGUUCCUGCUCCCACAUUCAGGUCACAUGGAUCUGACAGUGGAGGCCUGCAUGCCUGUGUGUGUGCUCAAGUGUAUAAAAAAAAAAAAGGUUGGUCUGUACGUAACCAUACAUUUUAAAAUUAUAUGUGUGUACAUUUGAAUUCAUCUGUAGUCACGUCACAGUGAAGGAGCUGCUCCUCAGUUUACCAUCUGCUCUCAGCCCUGAUAUCUUGGACUCAAUGUGAGAGGAUCUUCUCCACUGCUGCAGAGACUUGUGUCUUGUGGCUUUUAUCCUGAGGUUUAGACAACAACAAUGCACUGCAUGUAUACGCACAACUCUGAAUAAUAAAGUUAUUUCCC